GGGUGGUGAUGCAUUUAAUCUGGGGCAAGCCAGACUCCCCCUGUUGAUCAAGACUUCAACCUAUAGCCUAUCCCAACCAAGCAUUGGUUGGGGAUAAGACAGAUUUGCCGGUUUUGCUUACAAGACGGGGCGCCUCUGUUGAGAUACAGCAGUCACAGGGCUUUGCAUAUGGUGCAUACUGAGGCAGCAAAAAGCCUGGUUCUCUGCUGCACCACAAAAUGGUGGGAGAUGCUUUAAAAUGGUUGCUCCACCCCGCUAAACGCCUGCAUUCCCCAACUCCCUGCCCUGCGCCAGGAGGAGAAAACCGCCCCGAUGAGAUCAGGAGGCGGCCAAGCAGGCUGGCUGGGGGGACAACAACUGGACACGAACUGGUUCAGACCCCGGACACAUCCGAGUGACAACGACCUUCGACCUCAACGGGAGGACGCGCUCCUUCACGCCCAUAAGGCUCCACAACCCGGCCGAGGUUUCGCUUGGUCCACCUCGGCUCCCGUAAUUUCUCUCGUCCGCGCGCAGUUCUCGUUCCAGAGAGCACGCGAGACUUCCGGUCCCCGCCCCUUCCCAUCAUCCCGCGGUGCUCCCAGCCUCUCGCUGUGUGCUUUAAGUUCCAGUUCAGGCCGCGGGGGACUACUUUGUGGUUGGGGCCCCGUCCCGACGGUGACGCAGGCGCAGCGCGAGCGGCGCGCGCCGACCGCCCAUCCCCGGCUGUCCCACUUUUCUUCUCGUCUCCUCGGCCUCCUCGCUGAGAGCCUCGCGUCUCCCUCUCACCGUCCGCGCCGCCUUCGUCGCGCGCCCGAGGCGAGAGGCGGGCCCAGGUCUCCCGGAAAACUAGCCCGCGGGAGCGCGAGACUAACGGCCGCGAAGCUCCCAGGCCCCCUCACACCGCACCAUGGGGGACAGUGACGACGAGUACGACCGAAGGCGCAGGGACAAGUUUAGAAGAGAGCGCAGCGACUAUGACCGUUCUCGCGAAAGAGAUGAAAGACGUCGAGGAGACGAUUGGAAUGACCGAGAGUGGGACCGUGGCCGGGAGCGCCGCAGUCGGGGUGAAUAUCGGGACUAUGACCGGAAUCGGCGAGAGCGCUUCUCUCCUCCCCGCCAUGAACUCAGCCCCCCACAAAAGCGCAUGAGGCGAGACUGGGAUGAGCACAGUUCUGACCCAUACCACAGUGGCUAUGAGAUGCCCUAUGCUGGGGGGGGUGGGGGCCCAACUUACGGCCCCCCUCAGCCCUGGGGCCACCCAGACGUCCACAUCAUGCAGCACCACGUUCUGCCUAUCCAGGCCAGGCUGGGCAGCAUCGCAGAGAUUGACUUGGGUGUGCCACCACCGGUGAUGAAGACUUUCAAGGAGUUUCUCCUGUCGUUGGACGACUCUGUGGACGAGACCGAGGCCGUAAAGCGUUACAAUGACUAUAAGCUGGAUUUUCGAAGGCAGCAGAUGCAAGAUUUCUUUUUGGCUCAUAAAGAUGAGGAGUGGUUUCGGUCUAAGUACCACCCAGAUGAGGUGGGGAAGCGUCGGCAGGAGGCCCGGGGGGCCCUGCAAAACAGACUGAGGGUAUUCCUGUCCCUCAUGGAGAGUGGCUGGUUUGAUAAUCUUCUCCUGGACAUAGACAAAGCUGAUGCCAUUGUCAAGAUGCUGGAUGCAGCUGUGAUUAAGAUGGAAGGAGGGACGGAGAACGAUCUGCGCAUCCUGGAGCAGGAGGAGGAGGAGGAGCAGGCGGGAAAGCCUGGGGAGCCCAGCAAGAAAGAGGAAGGCCGGGCUGGACCAGGCCUGGGGGACGGAGAGCGCAAGGCCAAUGAUAAGGACGACAAGAAAGAAGACGGCAAACAGGCUGAAAAUGACAUUUCUAAUGAUGACAAAACUAAGAAAUCUGAAGGUGAUGGGGACAAGGAAGAGAAAAAAGACGACUCUGAGAAAGAUGCCAAAAAGAGUAGCAAGAAGCGGAAUAGGAAGCACAGCGGUGACGACAGCUUUGAUGAAGGCAGUGUGUCCGAGUCGGAGUCCGAGUCCGAGAGUGGCCAAGCUGAGGAAGAGAAGGAAGAGGCUGCAGCACUCAAGGAAAAGGAGAAGCCCAAAGAAGAAGAAAGGGAGAAGCCUAAGGACACUCCGGGGCUGGAAUGUAAACCCCGUCCCCUCCAUAAGACUUGCUCCCUGUUCAUGCGCAACAUCGCACCCAACAUCUCGAGGGCAGAGAUCAUUUCUCUUUGUAAAAGAUACCCCGGCUUCAUGCGUGUGGCACUGUCAGAACCCCAGCCUGAGAGGAGGUUUUUCCGCCGCGGCUGGGUGACCUUUGACCGCAGUGUUAACAUCAAAGAGAUCUGUUGGAACCUGCAGAAUAUCCGACUCCGAGAGUGUGAGCUGAGCCCUGGUGUGAACAGAGACCUGACCCGUCGAGUCCGCAACAUCAAUGGCAUUACCCAGCACAAGCAGAUCGUGCGCAAUGACAUCAAGUUGGCAGCCAAACUGAUCCAUACGCUGGAUGACAGGACCCAGCUCUGGGCCUCUGAGCCUGGGACACCUCCUCUGCCAACAAGUCUGCCCUCCCAGAACCCAAUCUUGAAGAAUAUCACGGACUAUCUGAUUGAGGAAGUGAGCGCGGAGGAGGAGGAGCUGCUCGGGAGCAGUGGGGGGGCCCCCCCUGAGGAGCCCCCUAAGGAGGGGAACCCGGCAGAGAUCAACGUGGAGCGGGAUGAGAAACUGAUCAAGGUUUUGGACAAACUCCUCCUCUAUUUGCGCAUCGUGCAUUCCCUGGAUUAUUAUAACACGUGCGAGUACCCCAAUGAGGAUGAAAUGCCCAACCGCUGUGGCAUCAUCCACGUUCGUGGGCCCAUGCCACCCAACCGCAUUAGUCAUGGAGAAGUGCUAGAGUGGCAGAAGACAUUCGAGGAGAAGCUGGCUCCACUGCUGAGUGUACGGGAAUCUCUUUCAGAGGAAGAGGCUCAGAAGAUGGGUCGCAAAGACCCUGAGCAGGAAGUGGAAAAGUUUGUCACCUCUAACACUCAGGAACUGGGCAAGGAUAAGUGGCUAUGCCCUCUCAGUGGCAAGAAAUUCAAGGGCCCUGAGUUUGUACGCAAACAUAUCUUCAACAAGCAUGCAGAGAAAAUUGAGGAAGUGAAGAAGGAGGUGGCGUUUUUUAACAACUUUCUCACUGAUGCCAAGCGCCCAGCUCUGCCUGAGAUCAAGCCAGCCCAGCCACCUGGCCCUGCCCAGAUACUCCCCCCAGGCCUGACCCCGGGACUCCCCUACCCACACCAGACUCCACAGGGCCUGAUGCCCUAUGGUCAGCCCCGGCCCCCCAUCUUGGGCUAUGGAGCUGGUGCCGUCCGCCCUGCAGUCCCCACGGGAGGGCCUCCAUACCCUCAUGCCCCCUAUGGUGCUGGUCGAGGGAACUAUGAUGCCUUUCGAGGCCAAGGAGGUUAUCCUGGGAAGCCUCGAAACAGGAUGGUCCGAGGAGACCCACGGGCUAUUGUGGAGUACCGUGACCUGGAUGCUCCAGAUGAUGUGGAUUUCUUUUGAGCUUUUCCUCAUUCCUCGUAUCGUCUAUACUUGUGACUGCCUCCUCCCAUCCAGUUGAGAAUUUUUUGUACGUUCAACCCUACUGCCAAUAAAAGCACUUCCAUAGUG